CUGCAUAACAGCUCCUUUGACCUCCAUUACACGCAUUUAGUGUCCGAAGCUAUGUCCAUCGUUCUGACGCCGUACUGGACAAAUGGGAUGCAGAAGCUUAGAUUGGAGCCGCAUCCGCCAGAACCUCUGUCAAAGGGUCUCCGGCCACCCGCUUUCAACCCCGCGGUGCACAUCCAGCGGUGCCUCGCGCAGCUGCGCUCCAAGGACAAGGACAUCGAAAAAUACAUCUUCCUCACCCAACUCAAGGAUGCGGACCUGAACAUGUUCUAUAAGCUCUGUGUCGCCCACAUGUCGGAAAUCACGCCGCUGAUAUACACCCCCACGGUGGGAGAUGCGUGCUUGCAGUUCUCGCGCAACUAUCGGAGGCCAGAGGGACUGUUCAUCUCGAUCAAGGACAAGGGUAGAGUUGGAUCUGUCCUCAAGAGCUGGCCGAAGCCCAACGACGCUCGUAUUAGUGUGGUCACGGAUGGUUCGCGUAUUUUGGGCUUGGGAGAUUUAGGCGUGAACGGCAUGCCGAUUGCGAUAGGAAAGCUGUCGCUCUACGUCGCAGGCGCUGGGAUCCGGCCAAACUCGACGGUCCCCAUCUGCCUCGACCUCGGAACUGACAAUCAGGAGUUCCUCGACGACCCACUCUACCUUGGUCUUCGCCAGAAACGGGUGUCCGAUCAGGAGAUGAACGAAUUCAUGGAUGAGUUCAUGUACGAAAUGUCGAUUACUUUCCCGAAACUUCUCGUUCAGUUCGAGGACUUCUCCACGGAUCACGCAUUUGCCUAUCUCUCACGGUUCCGAGACCAGUACCCACUCUUUAACGACGACAUACAAGGCACAGGGGCCGUCGUGCUCGCAGGUUUCGUCAAUGCGGCUGCACUCUCGGCGAAGGCAUCCGGGAGACCACUUACGGAUCAACGUAUCCUGUUCUUCGGCGCGGGCUCAGCUGGUGUUGGCGUAGCACAUCAGCUCACGAGCUUUUUCACGCUGAACGGAUUUAGCGAGCAGGAGGCAAGGGAACGCAUAUGGCUUGUCGACUCUCAAGGGCUUGUAUAUGACGCGCGAGGGACGCUCCCUGAGCACAAGAAAUAUUUCUCGAGGAAUGACUAUUCGGGGCCGCCUAUCACUUCGCUGCUCGAUAUUAUUGACUACGUCAAACCGACGGCUCUUCUGGGGCUUUCGACCAUCCCAAAUGCAUUCAACCAGCCCGUAGUUGAGGCUAUGGCCAAACAUAACCCCCGCCCGAUCAUCUUCCCGCUUUCAAAUCCCGUGCGUCUCUCAGAGUGUAGCUUUGCAGAUGCCGUCCAGUGGACGGACGGACAAGUCAUUUUCGCCUCCGGCUCGCCGUUCCCAGAACUCCAGCACAAUGGACGCAGGCUGAUUCCGGGACAAGGGAACAACAUGUACAUUUUCCCUGGUCUCGGACUGGGCGCGAUUGUAUCGAGGGUAACAAAAGUCACAGACAGCAUGGUCGAAGCAUCUGCGCUUGGCCUCGCCUCCUCUCUGACAAUCGAGGAGCGCGAUCUAGAUCUCGUGUACCCUAGCGUUGAACGCAUCCGAGACAUCAGUGCGCGUAUUGCACUCAAUGUCAUCCGCGCAGCCCAGAAAGAGGGUGUCGACCGAUCGACCGAUCUGCGCAAGAUGAGUGACGGGGAGAUCUUGAAGUUCCUCCAACAGAGGAUGUGGAAUCCAUACUAGACGGCUUGGGUGUAGGCUAACUUUUCGGUUUUGUUCGAUGCUUUCUGCUGUAGUAUUGUCUUGGGCCUUUAAAGGCGUAGUUUGUAGACUUCUUGGUGAUCUCUAUUUACCCUAGAAUUUGUUCAAGAUAGAACGGCUCUAACUGCAAUCACUGAUAGUUGUGUAAUGAUUUCGAUGCUAAACUAUGUUCC